UUGAGUUCAAGGUCCCUGCUAGUGGGUGGUCACCUUACCAUCUGGGGUCUAGCUCCUGCUUGUUUCCCCUACUGUCUGGCUUGAGUCUAGGGAGUGCUUGCAUCUGGUGGGUGUGUUCCAAUCUCCUUUCAUAAGUGUAUACUCAAUAUUUUUGAGUCAAUAUUUUAGUCAGAGAUUCCUUGUUUGCAGUGUAAGCUUUUUGACAUUAUAUCGAGGAGAGGUGGGGUGGAAUAUAUUAGGUCUUGUAUGCUAUCAUGGUGUUUGAGUCUUCAAACAAGUCUUCAAAUUUAUUCAAGUCUUGAGAUCUCAAAUCAUCCUGACAAUAGACUGGAAGAGAAUGGUGAUGGCUGCCUAGGAGAAGGGUAUAUCCCAGCACACCAACAUAGAGAGCAUCAUGUACCACUGCCACCAAUCAGAUGGGAUAGUCACACUCUUACCUUAGACCUUUCUAGAACUCCCAGAUUCACUAACGGGGCUCUGUGUCGUCGAAGCGAGGACACUUAUAUAUCAUUAUCAUCUUGCGAGAGGAGGAGGAGGAGGAGCAACCGAAGACGCCGUUCACCAGGAGACGGAAGAUCUGGAGAUAGUGAUCAGUCAGGAAGGAGGAGGAAUAGAAUCCGGGGUAACUCCCACACUCUACCUCUGCCAGGUCGAACAGCUAUGGGCAUGCAGGCCCCUUUAAGAACUAGUGCUUGUUUAGAUGAUAGACGAGGAAUGAUCGAAGAACACAUUGUCACAGGGGCUAGUUGUGAAGCUAUUCUACCAGAUACAGUUGAAAAUAUGUGGGCUCGCAUUGAAAAUACUAGGAGUACCAAUGUACAAUCAGUUGGUAACCAUACUAAUGGGAUUGUGAACAGAAAUGAAGAGACAAUUAUGGAUAGGCACUAUCCUGAAGAAAAUACUGUGUUAGAUAACAAUAAUGAGCAGACAGAGGAUAGCCAUAAAACCAGCAGUAGCUCAACCAGUCCACUGCAGAACCGCUCUCCUCCUAGUGAGAGAAGUCCUUCAGGUAGCAGUGAGAGGCUUACAGGAGGUACUGCCAGCAGUAGCAGUCGUAAUACACGCACAUCAUCCACAAACCAAAGACGUCAACGCCGACGUAGGUCCUCUGACCGUCGGAUGAGGACCUCUUCAAGCAAUUACAGCACGUCUUCCACUGACCACAGCUCUAAGAGCAAUGGAGGAAUCAGACAAACUGCUAGAGCAAGACAGCAACAACUGUUUAGUACAAGCUCAUCAAGCGAUAGUGAGGAUAACACUCCUCAACGCCCCCGCAGACUGAUUGCACGCAUGGGAAAUGGAGGCAUAACACAUGAGGUAGAUAAACAGGGUCAAAGUGGACAGUCAAAUGGACCAAGUCGUUCAAGGAGACACACCCGUGGGACAAGAAACAGGCAGAGACCUUUAAGUGCUCAACCUACGGUAGGAAGACAGUCUAUUCCUCAGUCGCAGAUAAUCACUAAUGCUAAACCAAAUCCUAGACCCGGUACAGGUCAUGAAAGACAUAAUACAACUCAUGGAUUGAGUCCAUCUAGUAUUCAGUUCAAUCAACAUGGUAGGGUCAAGCAAAAGAGACCAGAUUCAUUGGACUUAAAGCUCAUAUGGAGCUCCCAUAGGGGUUAUAUUGGUCAUCAAAGUUCAUUAUCCACUAGUUCUUCCGCUGAUUCUUAUGAUCCCUGGAUUCCCCGGGAUGGUGUGACUAUUGCACCAAAAAAUGAAAAGUUAACUGUCAAUAUGGCUUCUAGUGAAUCUAAGGUUCCACAGAAAGCACCAUCAUGCAGUAAAAAGAAACAACUGCAUCGCAUGUCAGAGGGCAAGAACCAACCUAGGAACAAUCUACCAGCAUCCCUCCAACAACCUGAUAACAAUGCUCAUAUCAGGGUUCAUCCUACUUGCAAUGUCAAUGGACCGAUGGCUGAAAUGGGGCUUCCAUGUAGCAAUAUUGAGAGGGAACAUGCAACACCUGAAAAAGACAUUGACACCACCGAGUGUUGUGAUGUGACAGAAAAUACAACGAAGGACCGUCCAAAAUCUAUGGUGGAGUUUAACAAGGAUACCAGUAUUCUGGUUUCUGAAAUUUUAAGCCAUGCUGACGGUGAUAUCUCUCCUGCUGUCAAGACUGUUCUUCAAGAUAUCCACAGUGUAAUUGAGAAUGAUGAUAGGUAUCUAAGUGAACUAUGGCAGAGUGCUUGCAUUCUCGAUAAGUUUGCCAAUAAAUGUACACACCAGAGAAAUUCCUUGCAGAAUGGUAUCGUGCGCUUCAAGGAUAACAGAGAACAAGACAACGUGGAGGCCACAGUCUCCAAGUCUGAACAGAUGAAGUUCCGUCAUAGUUGUCCUGAUGCUGAUGAUAUGCAAAGGCAAGCAGAGAAGAUGCUGAAUGUAUCCAGAGCAGAACUUGUUAAAAGCCUGGAAGAUGCUCGAGAAACUAUUUUGUAAUGGACAGGUGCAUACAGAUAUCGCUUUCAAAUGUGAACAAUCUAUCCAAUGAGUAAAGACUCUUCCACUUCAUCAAAGAUUAUCCAUGCUUCCUUACCUUUGCAAUCAUUUCCUAAGGAAGAGACUUGAUUUCUAUACUUUGAAUUGUUGUAGUAUUAAAAAAUGUAAUCAUGUGGUGUAAAGAUUAUUUCCUACAUGAGAGUGACUUGGUAAAGUAGUAGAUUGUAGAUACCAAAGAGAACAGAAUGUUAUCAAUUGAUUUCUCUUGUUACUAGUCUGUUUAUUGUAGGUUUUAUUCCAAAUAUCAUUUGACUUGACAUUAUUUAUGAAACAUACUCAAAAUCAAAGAAGCAUGCUAGGAGAAAAAAAAAUGGUAUCAUUAUUAAUUUCCUGUCAUUUUCUCUGUAAGAUAUUUAUGAUUGCAAAAGACAUCAAAUUUUGUGCUUCAGUUGAUGCAGGUGUUUAAGCAUUCUGUUCCUAGUGUCACCCAUUGAACUCAUUCUAGAGGCUAAUAUUCAACUCAAUAGCUAUGCAAUUUGGUUAGAUUGAUAGAGGUUUUGACAUUUACAAGGUAACUUAAUCCUGUGAUGCAUGAAUGUUAUUGAAAAUAGGAAAAAAAACACUUAGAUUAUUAUGAUUGUCAUGAAAAUGUUGAGGUUUUACAUGACCAGAUUCCUGUUGCAUAAGAGAUACAAUCAAUAAAUAGAACUCCAAGUAUGUAACAAAGUACAUACAAUGUUACAAUCAAUCAUAAAUGUUAAUUGUAUCUCUUUACAUGUAUGUUACACUCCAUACAAUAGGUCAUUGUAUCAUUCUGUCUUUAAAAAAAAUCUUAAUAUAUAUUUUAAUUUUCUCUUUCUAUCUCUCUCUCUCUGUUCUCUCAUUUUCUCUUUUUGUCUCUCUCUCGUCCCCCUAAUUUCCUGUCUUUUCCUGUUCCCAUUUCAGAACUGUAUAGUAUUCAUCUCUAACCCUCUCUUCGAAAUUAUUCCUCUCAAGCUAGUUUUGUUUUGAUCUACAUAUAAUCUAAUGGUUUUUCUAAAUCUGACAGAUGACAUAUAGAUAUUGGGAUUUCCCUUUUCCCUUUUUAUAUUUAUGACAAUGCUUGCAAGUUGUUAACUCUUUAAAGCACCCUUUCUCAAAGGUAACUUGCAUUUUUAUUUUUUAUUUCUUUCUUUUGCUGCAGUGUCUAGACUGAAUAGGAAGGAAAGCUCUGUGCAAUGUUCUUGAUUUUUGUAUCGUGUCCUACAAAAACUUUUGUAUUUGUACAAAUUUGUGUGUUUAUUUAUUUUUGUGGCAUUGUAUAACAAUGCAUUGGUGCUAGGAAGUUGAAAUGUGAGUGUUAGAAUGAUAAAAAUGCUUCUUUUUAUUUAUCUCCUUAUUUCCUUCAUCUUAAAGAUAGUUACAUCAGUCAAAACUUUUGGUUACUGUACAUCACCAAUGGAAAGAAGUACAUGAUGAAUUAUAAUAUCAUAGUUGCAAGAUAUAAGUUAAGCUGUUGAACUUAGAGGUACAGUGUAUGUUUUAUUGUAAUUCACUGAUUAUGCAUCAUUAGCACUACAUUUUCUUCAUGCAUUCCAUUCUGAUGUAUUAUGUGGUUAUUACUUGAUUACAACUGAAUUUCUUUGAUUUGCUGGAUUCAUUUCAAUCAUUGAUAGCAAACUGAAUGGUGUAAAUGAUAUUGUUCAUUUAAGAAACAGAGAAGUGUAAGUGCUUCCUCAUGAAAACAAUGGUUUAGUUAUGUGUGUUUUUUAAAGUUUUUAUGCUUAUUGGCUAGGUUGUCUAAAUCUCAGUUAUCAGUUUUUAUAUUAUUUUGGUCAAUUGCAUACAUUAUGAGAAAGAGAAAAUUUCUCCUAUUUCAGUCUAUGCAGCUCGUACAAAAGUGUAAAAAGUAUUUGUGUCUGCUUUCAUUUGUUGGUCUUGUUACAUAUCAGGCAGAUUCAUAUUAACGUAGAUUAGAUUAUUGGAAUACUUUUUCACGUGAAAGAAUUAAUAUCAUUAAUGCUGUGAGAAAUAUGAUGUGUACAUGCUACCAGGAAAUACUGCAUUAAUACAAAGCUUCUUUUGUUUUAAUGCUUUGCUGAUCAUGAAUGUUCUUUUGUAAAGGAAAAUUGAUACUUGAGGGGAAAAUAAAACCACAUUGUUUGCUAUGGUUUUGCGAGUAUUUUCAGGAAAUGAGAAAUAAAAGACACCGUCUUCAUUUCAAAUGGGUCAUGAAGUGGCUUUGAUUCAUACUCAGAAAGGGGCCCUGGAAAUAGAAGAAAGUUUGCGGAUUUCCCACAACAUAGAAACCACAUUUUUGUCUUGUGAAAUAAUAGCAAUGUUGUUCCUAAUGACUGAGUUUAUAGAAACUUGAAUCAAUUCCAAAAUGUGAAGCUUUUUAUUACGAAUUCUUUGUCUAUGGUCCAUCUUUCUUUUCUCUGAGCUAUCUUUAGUGUAUGCUUUUGCUUCUUUGGCAUCUCCCAUCACCAUGUGUGGAUCAGGGA